AGGUGUCCCCUUCUUGUGCCCCCACCUAGUAUGUGGAGGAAGAGGAGGAGGAGGAGAGAGAGGGAACCCGGUGCUAUCUCUUCUUAUAAAGACUUCAUUGCUUUAUAUGACUGAACAUAUCCUACUGAACAAAUAGACCGUAUUUAUCUAUCAUCAGCUGAUGAUCAUGUGGGUCGUUUCCUUUCGUGGCUCUUGUGAGUAAAGCUGCUACCAACUCCCGUGAGUGUGCAGAUGUCUGUGCCUACUCCGUUUCUUGUGUCAGCUAAGAGGGUCAUUGCUGGGCCAUGUGGUAGCUCUGCGCGUGCCCCACUUCUUCCCCUGCUCGUUCGUUCCGGUAACACCGGCCGAACCUCUACAAGUUCAUGCAACUUCACUGUCGGCCAGACGCUUAAACUCGGGCUCAACGGGGGCAGGCGGACCAGGGAGGAGCUCUUUCUGCGGUUUCCUGCGGGCGCGCCGGAGGAGGAUGGGCUGCGGGAAGGCCUGCUCUGCCCCGCGCCUCCCAACACCCUUCACCGCACCCAGGACCAGAACCGGAGGCUCACUCGGCGCGUGGCGCGUCCCCCGCCUGCUCUCCGGGCUGCGAGCUCGAGCCCCACGCCGGGGCACACGUCACUUACACAUCAAGCAUCCUCUCAGAAAGCGCCGUCUGACCCCCGCGGGCCGCCCCCCGCGGGACCCCGGCCCCGGAGAGCGGGUGGCGGCCGGCCGGAGCCGCUCCGUGAACCUCGCGCCCACGACCGAAGGGGCAGCGCGUGGAGCCGACGACCCGCACGAGAGCCGGGACGGUCCCAGCCUCGCUCCGGCGUCGACCCCCGACGCUCCACCGGGACCGGGUGUGGGCGGCACCGACCGGAGCCCGCGGAGCGCAGGGGGCCGCGCCCGGGCUGCCCAGACUGCGUGCGGGGUGCGCGCGCUCCACGCGGCGGGCGGCGCGGGAUUUCCGGCCGCGGGGCCGCUCCCGCCCGCUGCACGGGGCCCCACGCGGGAACCGGCGGCGCGCGGCGUCACGUGA